AUGGCUUUCAUUGUCAGUGAAGAUCUACACUCCAGUCUAUAUUUUGUCAAUGCAUCUUUGCAAGAGGUAGUGUUUGCAAGCACCACAGGGACAUUGGUUCCCUGUCCUGCAGCAGGGAUCCCACCUGUGACACUCAGAUGGUACCUAGCAACGGGCGAGGAGAUCUAUGAUGUUCCAGGGAUCCGCCACGUCCACCUCAAUGGCACUCUCCAAAUUUUCCCCUUCCCCCCUUCAAGCUUUAGUACCUUAAUCCAUGAUAACACUUACUAUUGCACAGCUGAAAAUCCUUCAGGGAAAAUCAGAAGCCAGGAUGUCCACAUUAAGGCUGUUUUACGGGAACCUUAUACAGUCCGUGUGGAGGACCAGAAAACCAUGAGAGGCAAUGUAGCUGUCUUCAAGUGCAUUAUCUCCUCCUCUGUGGAGGCAUAUAUCACUGUUGUCUCAUGGGAGAAAGACACCGUCUCACUUGUCUCAGGAUCUAGAUUUUUCAUCACAUCCACGGGAGCCUUGUAUAUUAAAGAUGUACAGAAUGAAGAUGGAUUGUAUAACUACCGAUGUAUUACACGGCACAGAUACACUGGGGAAACACGACAGAGCAACAGUGCUAGACUUUUUGUAUCAGAUCCAGCAAACUCAGCUCCAUCUAUUCUUGAUGGAUUUGACCAUCGAAAAGCCAUGGCAGGGCAGCGUGUGGAGCUACCCUGUAAAGCAUUUGGGCACCCAGAGCCAAAUUACCAUUGGCUGAAGGAUAAUAUGCCACUAGAGGUUGUAGGAAGGUUUCAGAAGACAGUGACAGGGUUGCUGAUUGAGAACUCUCGUCCUUCAGACUCUGGCAGCUAUGUUUGUGAAGUGUCAAACAGAUAUGGAACUGCAAAAGUGAUAGGUCACCUUUAUGUAAAACAGCCACUAAAAGCCACAAUAAGCCCAAGGAAAGUUAAGAGCAGUGUGGGUAGUCAAGUUUCGUUGUCAUGUAGUGUUACUGGAACUGAGGAUCAGGAACUCUCCUGGUACCGAAAUGGGGAAAUCCUCAAACCUGGGAAGAAUGUGCGGAUUACAGGGAUCAACCAUGAAAAACUUAUAAUGGAUCACAUGGUUAAAAGUGAUGGUGGUGCAUACCAGUGCUUUGUUCGAAAGGACAAAAUGUCUGCUCAAGACUAUGUUCAAGUAAUGCUUGAAGAUGGAACUCCCAAAAUUAUUUCUGCUUUUAGUGAGAAAGUGGUGAGUCCAGGAGAACCUGUUUCCCUUAUGUGCAAUGUGAAAGGGACCCCACUGCCCACAAUUACAUGGACUCUAGAUGAUGACCCAAUACUUAAGGGUGGCAGUCAUCGUGUCAGCCAGAUUAUCACUUCUGAGGGCAAUGUGGUCAGCUACCUGAAUAUUUCUAACACUCAGGUUCGGGAUGGUGGAGUCUAUCGCUGCACUGCCAACAACUCUGCAGGAGUCGUCCUAUACCAGGCUCGAAUAAACGUAAGAGGGCCUGCGAGUAUUCGGCCAAUGAAAAACAUCACUGCAAUUGCAGGAUGGGAUACAUACAUUCACUGCCGUGUGAUUGGUUAUCCAUAUUAUUCCAUCAAAUGGUAUAAGAAUUCCAACCUACUUCCUUUUAACCACCGUCAAGUGGCUUUUGAGAACAAUGGGACUUUGAAACUCUCAGAUGUACAAAAAGAAGUUGAUGAGGGUGAAUAUACUUGCAAUGUGCUGGUUCAACCUCAACUCUCCACAAGCCAGAGUGUGCAUGUGACUGUGAAAGUUCCACCUUUUAUUCAGCCUUUUGAGUUUCCAAGAUUCUCCAUUGGACAAAGGGUCUUCAUUCCAUGUGUAGUGGUCUCAGGGGAUCUGCCAAUCACAAUCACCUGGCAGAAGGAUGGAAGACCAAUUCCAGCGAGUCUUGGGGUAACCAUUGACAAUAUUGACUUCACUAGCUCUUUAAGGAUUUCUAAUCUUUCACUGAUGCACAAUGGGAAUUACACCUGCAUAGCCAGAAAUGAUGCAGCAGCUGUGGAGCACCAAAGCCAAUUGAUUGUGAGAGUUCCACCUAAAUUUGUGGUUCAGCCAAGUGACCAAGAUGGAAUUUAUGGAAAGGCUGUCAUCCUUAAUUGUUCAGCAGAGGGUUAUCCUGUGCCCACGAUAGUCUGGAAAUUCUCAAAAGGUGCUGGGGUUCCUCAAUUCCAACCAAUUGUCUUAAAUGGCCGUAUCCAGGUUCUCACAAAUGGUUCUUUGCUGAUUAAACAUGUUGUAGAAGAGGAUAGUGGAUAUUAUCUCUGCAAGGUCAGCAAUGAUGUGGGAGCAGAUGUCAGCAAAUCCAUGUACCUCACUGUUAAAAUUCCUGCUAUGAUAACAUCAUACCCAAACACUACCCUGGCUACUCAGGGUCAAAAGAAGGAAAUGAUUUGUACAGCACAUGGUGAGAAACCCAUUAUAGUCCGAUGGGAGAAAGAAGACCGAAUCAUUAACCCAGAAAUGGCCCGAUAUCUUGUGUCCACAAAGGAGGUGGGAGAAGAAGUCCUUUCUACUCUGCAGAUUUUGCCAACUCUGAGAGAAGAUUCUGGCUUUUUUUCCUGUCAUGCUAUCAAUUCUUAUGGGGAGGACCGUGGAAUAAUUCAACUCACUGUGCAAGAACCUCCAGACCCUCCUGAAAUAGAAAUCAAAGAUGUGAGAGCACGCACUAUUACCCUCAGAUGGACCAUGGGAUUUGAUGGAAAUAGCCCAAUCACAGGCUAUGAUAUAGAAUGCAAAAAUAAAUCAGACUCCUGGGAUUCUGCUCAGAGAACCAAAGAUGUUUCCCCUCAGCUGAACUCGGCCACCAUCAUUGAUAUCCAUCCUUCCUCCACCUACAGCAUCCGCAUGUAUGCCAAAAACCGAAUUGGCAAGAGUGAAGCCAGCAAUGAGCUCACCAUUACAGCUGAUGAAGCAGCUCCUGAUGGUCCACCCCAGGAGGUUCAGCUUGAGCCCAUAUCAUCUCAAAGCAUCAGGGUCACCUGGAAGGCUCCAAAGAAACACUUGCAAAAUGGCAUUAUUCGAGGCUACCAGAUAGGUUACCGGGAAUAUAGCACAGGAGGCAACUUCCAGUUCAACAUUAUCAGCAUUGAUACCACUGGAGACAGUGAAAUUUAUACUCUUGACAACCUAAAUAAAUUCACUCAGUAUGGCCUUGUGGUACAGGCAUGCAACCAGGCUGGAACAGGACCUUCUUCUCAGGAAAUCAUUACUACUACCCUAGAGGAUGUGCCCAGUUACCCUCCAGAGAAUGUCCAAGCCAUAGCUACAUCACCAGAAACCAUAUCCAUAACCUGGUCAACACUUGCCAAAGAAGCCUUGAAUGGAAUUCUCCAAGGAUUCAGGGUGAUAUACUGGGCCAAUCUCUUGGAUGGAGAGCUGGGAGAGAUUAAAAAUGUUACUACUACACAGCCUUCCCUGGAGCUAGAUGGGCUAGAGAAAUAUACCAACUACAGCAUUCAGGUGUUGGCAUUUACCAGAGCUGGAGAUGGGGUCAGAAGCGAACAGAUAUUCACUCGCACCAAAGAGGAUGUUCCAGGUCCUCCUGCUGGGGUCAAAGCAGCAGCAGCAUCAGCCUCUACUGUUUUUGUAUCCUGGCUUCCCCCUUUCAAGUUAAAUGGAAUCAUCCGAAAGUACACUGUGUUCUGCUCACACCCAUAUCCCACAGUUAACAGUGAAUUUGAAGCAUCUCCUGAUGCAUUUUCCUACAGAAUUCCUAACCUGAAUCGGAAUCAACAAUACAGUGUCUGGGUGGUGGCUGUGACUUCAGCAGGGAGAGGCAACAGCAGUGAAAUCAUCACUGUAGAGCCAUUAGCUAAAGCUCCAGCUAGAAUUCUGACUUUCAGUGGUACUGUAACUACCCCAUGGAUGAAAGAUAUUGUCCUCCCAUGUAAGGCUGUUGGGGAUCCAUCUCCUACAGUGAAAUGGAUGAAAGAUAGUAACGGGAUGCCCAGUCUAGUAAUGGUUGAUGGGCGAAGAAGUAUCUUUAGCAAUGGCAGCUUCGUCAUCCGCACUGUGAAAGCAGAAGAUUCUGGGUAUUACAGCUGUGUUGCCAAUAAUAAUUGGGGAUCAGAUGAAAUUAUUUUAAAUUUGCAAGUACAAGUUCCACCAGAUCAACCUCGACUUACUGUAUCUAAAACUACGUCUUCCUCAAUCACUCUUUCCUGGAUACCUGGAGAUAAUGGUGGCAGUUCUAUCAGAGGAUAUAUAUUGCAGUACUCAGAAGAUAACAGUGAGCAGUGGGGUAGUUUUCCAAUUAGCCCUAGUGAACGUUCUUAUCGACUAGAAAGUUUGAAGUGUGGCACCUGGUAUAAGUUCACACUUACUGCUCAAAAUGGAGUGGGACCAGGGCGCAUAAGUGAAAUCAUAGAAGCAAAAACACUAGGAAAAGAGCCACAAUUUUCAAAGGAGCAAGAGCUGUUUGCCAGCAUUAACACCACUCGAGUGAGGUUGAACCUCAUUGGUUGGAAUGAUGGUGGUUGUCCAAUCACUUCUUUUAUUCUGGAGUAUAGGCCAUUUGGGACGACAAUCUGGACAACAGCUCAGCGAACAUCACUUUCCAAGUCAUACAUUUUGUAUGAUUUACAAGAGGCUACCUGGUAUGAGCUGCAAAUGAGGGUGUGCAACAGUGCUGGUUGUGCAGAGAAACAGGCCAAAUUUGCUACACUGAACUAUGAUGGCAGCACAAUUCCUCCACUUAUUAAGUCAGUUGUCCAAAAUGAGGAGGGGCUGGCAACCAAUGAAGGGUUAAAGAUGCUAGUGACCAUUUCCUGCAUUUUGGUUGGAGUCUUGCUAUUAUUUGUGCUACUGUUGAUUGUACGGAGGAGGAGAAGAGAGCAGAGAUUGAAGAGGUUGAGAGAUGCAAAGAGCUUAGCUGAAAUGCUUAUGAGUAAGAAUACCAGAACCUCAGAUACUUUGAACAAACAACAGACCCUGAGAAUGCACAUUGAUAUCCCCCGUGCACAACUUCUAAUAGAAGAGAGAGACACAAUGGAAACCAUUGAUGACCGAUCAACAGUCCUACUGACUGAUGCUGACUUUGGUGAGGCAUCCAAGCAGAAAUCACUGACAGUGACUCACACAGUCCAUUACCAGUCUGUGUCUCAGGCCACUGGGCCAUUGGUGGAUGUUUCUGAUGCCCGACCAGGAACUAAUCCCACAACAAGGAGGAAUGCAAAGGGUGGGCCCACAGCUCGAAACAGAUAUGCCAGUCAAUGGACUCUCAAUAGGCCCCACCCCACCAUCUCAGCACACACUCUCACUACAGACUGGAGAUUACCAACUCCAAGAGUCACAGGAUCAGUGGACAAAGAAAGUGAUAGUUACAGUGUCAGUCCCUCACAAGAUACAGAUCGAGCAAGAAGUAGCAUGGUCUCCACAGAAAGUGCCUCCUCUACCUAUGAAGAACUAGCAAGAGCCUAUGAACAUGCCAAGAUGGAAGAACAAUUAAGACAUGCAAAGUUCACUAUUACAGAGUGCUUCAUAUCAGACACAUCUUCAGAACAGUUAACGGCAGGGACUAAUGAAUACACAGACAGUCUGACCUCCAGCACCCCUUCAGAAUCAGGGAUCUGCAGGUUUACUGCAUCUCCCCCUAAACCUCAGGAUGGAGGACGAGUAAUGAAUAUGGCAGUUCCAAAGGCACAUCGACCAGGUGACCUCAUUCAUUUGCCUCCUUAUCUUCGAAUGGAUUUUUUGUUAAAUCGAGGGGCCCCAGGCAUCAGCAGAGACCAGAACUUAGGACAGGCUUGCUUGGAACCUCAGAAAAGUCGAACCUUGAAGUGUUCCACAGUCCUGGAGCCCAUUCCAAUGGAAGCAUCAUCCACAAGAGAAGGACAGUCAUGGCAAGCUGGUGCUGUGGCCCCAUUACCUCAGAGAGAAGGAGUAGAUCUGGGACAGGCAGCUAAAAUGAGCAGCUCUCAAGAAUCGCUGCUGGACUCUCGAGGCCACUUAAAAGGCAACAAUCCCUAUGCCAAAUCUUACACCUUGGUAUAA